AUGGCGCUGAUAGAGGUUGUCGGAAUGUCCAUUGCAGGCUCGGAAAGCCUUCUGUCCAUCUUCCUUAACUUUUUUAUCGUGGUCUUCCAUAUGAGAAGCCUGAGGAAUGGGAUGAAGCUGAACCCCUCCAGCCUCAUCCAGCUGGCCAUGGGAGUGACUAACAUCAGCAUGCGAGGACUAAUGUUUGCGAGUGCCGUUGCUUCAUUGCUCCCUAUUAAUCAUGUUAUGAGGAUGUACCACACAAUAAUGGUCAUCAUCCCUUUCCACCUAUACUUCAGCUAUUGGCUCAUCGCCUGGCUCUGUGCCAAUUACUGCGUCACCAUCACCAACAUCAGACACCGAAUCUUCAUCUGGAUGAAGAGGAGCCUUGUGUCUUUCUUGCCUCACCUUCUGCUCCUCUCCGCGUUCGUGUCUUUUACCCUGACUCUCCCGUUGAUCUGGAAUCUUCACAUCCGUAUCUCUAAGGACAACUCUACCCUCGGCCUCAUUUUACCCAGAUAUAAAUUCUCAGUUUCUGACCUGAAUCUAAUGUUGAUCAGUUGUCUCUGUUCCUGCCUACCGUUCCUGAUGACCAUUGGCUCCCUCAUGGUGACCGUGUCCUCUCUGUUUAGACAUAUCAGGAAGAUGAAAAGGAAUGACUCGGGAUUUGCUCCUCCGAACCCCCAGGCUCAUGUCAGUGCCGUGAGGACAAUGAUAUUAUUUCUUGUACUUUCCGUCACCAUCAAUGUCGCUGAGAUCGUCAAAUUCAUGGCGAUGUCUUUCUUUGGUGACUCUCUAGAGUUAAUCAUCUGGAUGAUGGUAUCCACCUUCCCAUUGGCGGAAGCCUCCAUUAUUAUCCAGUCCAGCCGCAAGAUGAAGAAGAUGUUUUCACAAACGUUCUGUGCCGGAAGAUUUACGGGAGGCGACAACUAG